AUGUUCGUUUACAAGAGAGAUGGACGCAAGGAACGCGUACAGUUCGACAAAAUCACUGCACGCGUAUCGAGGCUGUGCUAUGGCCUCGAUCCGGAGCACGUCGAUGCUGCUGCCAUUACCCAAAAGGUCAUUUCUGGUGUCUACCAGGGUGUUACGACAGUGGAGCUGGACAAUCUGGCUGCUGAGACCGCAGCAUACAUGACCGUCACGCACCCGGACUACGCCAUUCUCGCUGCUCGUAUCGCUGUCUCGAAUCUCCACAAGCAAACGAAAAAGCAGUUUUCGCUGGUCAUUCAGGACCUGUAUGACUAUGUCAACCCUAAGAACCAGAAGGCGGCCCCCAUGAUCUCUCAGGAAACAUACGAGGCUGUCAUGAAGCACGCAGAAGAACUCAAUUCUGCCAUUGUUUACGAUCGUGAUUUCAACUACAAUUACUUUGGAUUCAAGACCCUGGAGCGCUCGUACCUGCUCCGGAUCAACGGGAAGGUUGCGGAGCGCCCUCAGCACUUGCUGAUGCGUGUUUCCGUCGGAAUUCACGGAAAUGACAUCGAGAGGGCUAUUGAGACUUACCACUUGAUGUCCCAGAAGUAUUUCACGCAUGCUUCGCCGACCCUCUUCAAUGCUGGUACUCCCAACCCCCAGCUUGCCUCAUGUUUCCUCGUGGAUAUGAAAGAGGAUAGUAUUGAGGGUAUCUACGAUACCUUGAAGACCUGCGCCAUGAUCUCUAAGAAUGCCGGUGGUAUUGGUCUGAACGUGCACCGCAUCCGUUCCACUGGCUCUUACAUUGCCGGAACCAAUGGUUCCUCGAACGGGCUUGUGCCCAUGCUGCAGGUGUUCAACAACACUGCCAGAUAUGUCGACCAAGGAGGAAACAAGCGCCCCGGUGCUUUCGCGAUCUACCUUGAACCGUGGCACUCGGAUAUCUUUGAGUUCCUUGAUCUGCGCAAGAACCACGGAAAGGAAGAGGUCAGAGCCCGUGACCUAUUCUACGCUCUCUGGACUCCGGAUCUGUUCAUGAAGCGCGUCGAGGCCAACGGAGACUGGACGCUGUUCUGCCCUAAUGAGGCCCCUGGCCUGGCUGACAUCUAUGGUGACGAGUUUGAAGCCCUUUACGAAAAGUAUGAGAAGGAAGGCCGAGGCCGCAAGACCAUCAAAGCUCAGAAGCUUUGGUACGCUAUCCUGGAGGCUCAGACCGAGACCGGAAACCCUUUCAUGCUGUACAAGGAUGCGUGUAACAAGAAGAGUAACCAGAAGAAUCUGGGGACGAUCCGCAGCUCUAACCUGUGCUGUGAAAUCGUCGAGUACUGUGCUCCCGACGAGGUCGCUGUCUGCAACAUUGCUUCAAUUGCCCUUCCCACCUUUGUCGAUGCGGCGCGGGGCGAGUAUGACUUUGGCAAGCUCCAUGAAGUCACCCGAGUGAUGGUCCGUAACUUGAACCGGAUCGUCGAUAUCAACUACUACCCUGUCCCCGAGGCUCGGAAGAGUAAUAUGCGCCACCGUCCCAUCGGUCUUGGUGUCAAUGGUCUCGCCGAUGCUUUCCUUGCGCUGCGCUUGCCCUUCGACUCGGCCGAAGCGAAGCAGCUCAACAUCCAGAUUUUCGAGACCAUCUACCACGCUGCCUUGACUGCUUCGGCUGAUCUCGCCAAGGAGCUAGGAACCUACGAGACCUACGAGGGUUCUCCAGUCUCCCAGGGUAUCCUCCAAUACGACAUGUGGGAGCGGACGCCGACUGACCUGUGGGAUUGGGAUUCCCUCAAGGCCAAGAUUGCGCAGAACGGUGUGCGCAACAGUCUCUUGGUUGCGCCCAUGCCGACUGCCAGUACCAGUCAAAUCCUUGGCUUCAACGAAUGCUUUGAGCCGUAUACCUCGAACAUCUACUCGCGCCGUGUCCUUGCGGGUGAGUUCCAGGUUGUCAACCCCUGGCUCCUCAAGGACCUGGUCGACCUCGGCCUGUGGUCCGACAACAUGAAGAACCGCAUCAUUGCCGACGGCGGUUCGGUUCAGAACAUCCCCAACAUUCCUGCCGACAUCAAGGCUCUGUACAAGACCGUGUGGGAGCUUUCACAGCGUACCAUCUUACAGAUGGCCGCGGACCGAGGCGCCUUCAUCGAUCAGUCCCAGUCUCUCAACAUCCACAUGAAGGAGCCCACCAUGGGCAAGAUCACGAGCAUGCACUUUGCCGGCUGGAAGAUGGGACUGAAGACUGGCAUGUACUACCUCCGCACCAUGGCUGCCUCUGCACCGAUCCAGUUCACUGUGGACCAGGAGCAGCUCAAGGUCGCCGACACCAACGUGGCCCGCGCCAACGUGGCGGCUAAGAAACGGGUUGCAGGCGUCGCCUCCAACACCUAUUCCGCCGUCCCGCGCUCGACGUACGACCCCGAGGCUGGGGCUGGGGCUAGCAACGGGGUGAAUGGCCACGACAGCCCGCGCACCGUCACCGCUGCUCCGGGCGGGACCGAGGAAGCGGAAGCGGAGACCGAGCCGAGCGAGAGUGAUAUCUACUCGCAGCAAGUGCUUCAAUGCAGCAUUGAGAACAAGGAGGCCUGCCUGAUGUGCCAGGGCUAG